UGCGUUUUACGUUGUCGCGACGUACGCGGACGUAAGUUGACAGCGUCUGUCGCAACGUGACAAUGGAAACCUCGGUUUAAGUAAACAAGUUUGCAGCAACAUCCCGACGUCGACACCGUAAAAUUGUUCAUUAUUGACCAUGUUGUUGUGGAGCGGCGUCGGACUCGUCCACUCCUGGUGUCGGACGGCCAGCCGCCGCGGGCUCCUCCGUCGCUGCCGGUCCGUCUUCACGUCUUCGCCGAGGUUCGCCAGCCAGGACCGCGAAGACGAGGCGAGCCGCCGGCCGCCGCUGCGGGAGUGGAGCCUGGAGGUUAGCCCCUUCAGCACGGUCCGGGCGCGCCUACCUUGCAGCGUCUCCGUCCGGUCCCUGGACCCGCACGCCUUCCCCGAAGCGAACCGAGCCUUCGUGGCGGUCCACGGAGGCCGCGAGGCGACGGACGCGGAGGACGUCAGCGUCCGCUAUGACGACCGGGCCGAGGAGCUCCUCAUCACGGCCGAGAGGGCUGAAGGCGACUUGUCUGUGGACCUCUCAGUACCGGUCAAGAGCAAUCUUUUCAUCAGCACCCGCGGCAGAGGAAACGUGCAGGUGAAGAACAUGGAGAGUGACGUCUGCAAGGUGCGCACAGAGGAAGGAAACUGCUCGCUGCGUUCGGUCAAGGGCCAUCGGGUGGAGGUGCGCUCAGGUGGGGACGUCACAGGCGAGGGUACGAUACACGGCAACGUGGACAUCAGCGCUUUUGGAAAAGGUGCGGUACGCGUCAAGAAGCUGCAGGGCACCGAGAUGAAGGUCUCCACCGAGCACGGCGGCCUGACGGUGAAGGCCGUCUACGCCGAAUCCAGCCGCGUCUCCUCCUGCACCGGGAAGCUGGAACUGGGUCUCGUGCACGGUGACGCCACUGUGGAGAACAUAUCAGGCCACACACUCAUAGAUGGCUCCAACGGCCUCUUGAAGGUUUCCUCUCAAAGCGGCGCCAUCGACGUGUACGUGGGUGACGGCGCCAGCUCGGAGGUGCUCAGCCAGGAAGGAGCGGUGUGCAUCCGCGCCCCCUCUUCGCUACGAGCUGAGGUGGACCUCUGCGGCGCCUCGGUUGACGUCAGCCGUGAUGUGACGCUGCGCCGGGUCCAGCGGAACACCACUGAAAACCAAACCAGAAUCACCGGCCACAUGAACUCCGAUGGUCCAGUGGGGCAGCGGAUCCGAGUCAAGACGGAAAGAGGUCCGGUAACUCUGGGGACGCAAAGCUGGCUCCAGUCCCUGAAGUUGGGAGGCUGAAAAGAGCGCCGCUCACACAUACUGUCAU